AUGUCUCCAUCGCACGCUGGUCGGGAUUCUUCCCCAGCAAACCAUGGAAUCCACAGUCCAAGAGAGCGCCAAAUGACGGAAACCACAACUUUACUGUCCAAGCAGUCACCCCAAACACCAACUUCCGAUGAAAAGAAUUCUCCAGUCCAUUACCGUGGUCCAAUAAAUGGAACAAGGUUCAAAUUCCUCCUUGUCAGUAUUCUCUUUGGCUCCAUGAUAGCUUUCUUCGACUCGACCUUGAUGGCCAGUGCACAUCCUGUCAUCACAUCACACUUUCACGCUUCGAAUGCUGCCUCCUGGUUCAGCACAGUGUUCUUCCUAACUUCGACCGUCUUUCAACCUCUUUAUGGACGGAUAAGUGAUACCAUCGGUCGGAAGUCAGUGUACAUGUUCGCAAUAUUCAUGUUCUUUGCAAGCACUGCCUGGUGUGGUGCUGCCCCUGACCUCGGAAGCUUCAUUGCUGCUCGAGCCGUUUGUGGACUUGGUGCCGGAGGUGUUAUGUCCAUGGGCGGUAUCUUGGUCAGUGAUAUAGUCAAAAUCGAAUAUCGUGGCAUCUAUCAAAGUUAUUUCAACAUGUCAUAUGGACUGGGAACUGGUCUCGGCGCAGCUCUUGGAGGUUGGUUGUGUGAUCGCUUUGGCUGGCGGAUGGCUUUUUAUUCACAACUCCCAUUCAUCAUUCUCUUCGCCAUCCUGGCUGCCGCUUCAUGUCCCUCUGGGUUGGGGCCCAACUUGGCCGAGAAUAGUGGCAAGACUCUCAGGCAAACCUUCUCUAGUUUCGAUACCUAUGGUGCAAUGUGCCUCACUGCCACCACAACCUGCUUGAUUCUCGGUGUCAAUCUCGGAGGUAAUGUCUUCACCUGGUCUCAUCCUCUCGUCAUCACGAGCCUUGUACUCUUCCUGGUAGCUGCGCUGUCACUUUACUUCAUCGAACGAAAGGCUGAGUACCCCAUGCUUCCAAUCCCUCUGCUUUCUACAAACCCGAAUGGAAGUCUGAUGUGGUCCAAUUUCUUCGGAGCCAUCGUUAUCAACACGGUGCUGUUCAAUAUCCCACUGUAUCUCCAAGCAGUGCGCCAAACAAGUCCUACCACUUCAGGACUCUACUUGCUUGCUCCACUAGCAGGCGUGAGUAUCACCGCCAUCUUCGUCGGGUACUAUAUCACAAUUACCCGCAACAUGAAAGCACCUAUGACGCUUGGAACGAUUGUGGUUUUCCUUGGUUCCAUACUGACGACCACCUGCCUGUCCCCGGAAAUUCCAACUUGGGCGAUCCCGGUGCUUAUUCCAUUUUGCAGCAUAGGACAGGGUUUCUUCUUCCCACCAACUAGCAUCGCUGUGCUAGCACUAAACCCCCAGGACGAACAGGCUGUUGUCACGACAACACUAGGUCUACUUCGCAGUUUAGGUGCCAUUCUCGGCGUGGCUAUCAGCUCCUGGGUAAUGCAAAACUCGCUCAUCUUGUUCCUCCAGGAGUAUGUCACGAGUGCCGACCCGGCACAAAAGGCCUGGAUCAUAAAGAUAGUGAGAGAAUCGAUUGCCGCGAUUCGAGAUCUCGAUCCCAAACAUAAAAGGCAGGUUAUCGCCGCGUAUUCAGCGAGCCUGAGAAUGACGUUCCUGAUGUGUAUUGGAGUCAGCUUCGUCAGUAUCGUGCUCAUUUGGCCGCUCAAGGUGCCGCGCCUGCAGUCCCACGAUAAAGGACGGAACGGGGCCUUUGACGGUCAGGACGAAGCAAGAGGAGACGAACAAGAAGCAGGCCCCGUUCGGCCCCUCAGUCUCCUAGACGCAAGAGACCAGGUCGCCGUGGAAUACGAGGACGACGGAGAUCUCCUCGAUGCCAUUGAUGAAGAGGACGAGGAAGCCGGCGACGAAGGCGACGAUCCAGAAGCACAACUCAGCCGGACCGGUCGGCUCAAUGACGACGAUGAAAUCGGCUCAAACAGUGGGGCCAUAAUCUCUCGCACCACGACAAGGAGCAUGUCGCGCGCAUCCAACAGUCUUGCUGGAUCCCUGCCGCGAGCAGGUAGCCUGCGCCGCCAGCGAAGUCGCAGGGCCAGCUUUGAUCUGAAUUGGCGGUAG